UUUAUACUUUCGCAGUAUUAAUGAAGGUUGAUCUUUUGUUCGAUUGUCGAGCAUGCCAUUUUCUCCUCGGCCCAUUGGCCAGCGAUGGGGAUAUUAACUUAUUAUCUGAGUCCAUUGUAUAAACUUCUCACUUUGUCCUUCAUGGCCCCAAUGGCUUUGACUUUUGUUUCUUAUUCUACCUCAUUUGCUGUCCGAGCAUUCUCUGCUGAUCGUCAUUGCUUAGGCAGUUGUCUGUGGAUCCUUUCGUCGCCUUUCUUCUCUGUCUUAUGCCUUUACGAUGUUUGUAUGUAAUCUUACUUGACAAUGAUGCGGUAUCCGACCACUUCCGGCGAGUCACAUCCAGUCAUUCUUCUAUUUUAAUUGCUCGGUUCCUGGCCAUGAA